GGAAUCCUAGAAGGGCCGCGGGCGGUGGCUGUGACAGUUGCGGUCGCCGCGCGAGGACUGGCGGAGCCGUGCGCUGAGGAGAAGGUCUGAAGGAAAGAAGCGUUGUUGCUGGGUCGGCUGCGAGCGCGAUGCAGACGCUGAAGCAGAAGCAUCGCCACUUCUGCUUCAGCGUGAAAGGCCAAGUGAAGAUGCUGCGGCUGGCACUAACUGUGACAUCUAUGGCUUUUUUUGUCAUUGCACAAGCCCCUGAACCGUACAUUGUUAUCACUGGAUUUGAAGUUGCUGUUAUUUUCUUUUUCAUAAUUUUAUAUAUGCUGAGAUUGGAUCGAUUAAUAGACUGUUUGUUUUGGCCUUUGCUUGAUAUUAUCAACUCAAUGGUAACAGCAAUAUUCAUGAUAAUCAUAUCUGUGUUGGCACUGAUACCAGAAACUACAACAUUUAUAGUCCUUGGAGGGGAUCUUAUCAACAGUUUCAUUAUAGCUGUGUUCCUUCUAAUAGUUGCCAUCUUGGCGAUGCAAGAAAUGGAAAGAAGGCAUUUAUUCUAUGUUGGAGGGUCCCUGUGUCUCACCGCGGCAAUCGGCAAUCGUAUCUUCGAUGGGACUCUGGUUGCCAAGUUGGUGAGGAAUACGGUGAAGAGUGUUCUGGGAAUCGAACUUGAAAGUCUUCCAGCCCGCGAAACCCACUGCACGGGCACCAGCAAAAGCACCCGCGCGGGCACGGGCACCGGCACAAGCACCUGCGGCCACGCCAGCCAAACCACCCCAGCCAGCGCAGGGGCCUGCCAAACCACCCCAGCCCGCACCGUCGCUGGGACCCGCCUCCAGGCGCCCAUCCUCCCGGGCAUCCUCGGGCAUCCUCGGCGGGCACCGUUCAAGACCAAGGCUGAACCUUCAAAGGGGGCACCCUCGCGGACAUAAGCGUCUGUGCCUCACCCCUCCGGGUAAUCCCACCACUGAGCUUGCAUAUGCUGUCACCCAUUCUGGCCCACAGGCGAUCAUAAAAUCAGAGCUGCUAAAUCGGGAACAUCUCUGCUGCCUCGCGUCGCCUUGUAUAAAAGUCGAGUUUCAUUUUCCUGCUGCCGCUGCGCCCUCGCGGCGCAGGACUAAUCCGACCCAGGACGCCGUGGCCAGGGUCUUGACCCCAGCCGGGUUCCAGCCAACGCGAGCACCGCGGUACAACCCUGAGGCCACCUCCCGCGCAGGCGGGAGCCCCCCUCCCCCCUCGCAGGGGGCCCGGGCUGGGGCCGAGGCUCCCGCGCGGGGGUGGGCGGCCCUGGCUAGGGCCGGGCCCUUGACGCCCACUCUGGUCCUCUAGGUGAGCGAGGUGCGACCGCAGGGAGACGUGGCGCGCGGGGCAGCGCCGGGCGUUGGCGUUCGCGCGUCCCGGCCGUUGAGCGGGACCUGGGAGCGGGUGGGUGGGCACCAGUCUCGCUCAGAGGCCAGGCCUGUCCGGCGCCAGCAGGAGAGAGAUCGCGCAGGAGGUGAGAAGUUAAGAACUCCCACGCAAAGAUGGC